UGCUCAGCAUUGGGGAGGGCGGUUUCUGGGAGGGAACCGUGAAGGGCCGUACUGGCUGGUUCCCAGCUGACUGUGUGGAGGAGGUGCAGAUGCGACAGUAUGAUACACGGCAUGAAACCCGAGAGGACCGGACGAAGCGCCUCUUCCGUCACUACACUGUGGGUUCCUACGACAGCCUCACUUCACACAGUGAUUAUGUCAUUGAUGACAAGGUGGCUAUCCUGCAAAAACGGGACCAUGAGGGUUUUGGCUUCGUUCUCAGGGGAGCCAAAGCAGAGACCCCCAUUGAGGAGUUUACACCCACACCGGCCUUCCCUGCACUCCAAUACCUUGAGUCUGUAGAUGUGGAAGGUGUGGCCUGGAGGGCUGGGCUUCGAACUGGGGACUUCCUCAUAGAGGUGAAUGGAGUGAACGUGGUGAAGGUUGGACACAAGCAAGUAGUGGGUCUCAUCCGUCAGGGUGGCAACCGCCUGGUCAUGAAAGUCGUAUCUGUGACCAGGAAACCGGAAGAGGAUGGUGCUCGGCGCAGAGCCCCACCACCCCCAAAGAGGGCCCCCAGCACCACGCUGACCCUGCGCUCCAAGUCCAUGACGGCUGAGCUUGAGGAACUCGAAAAGUUGGAUGAGAUCCUGGCAGUUGCUGCGGAGCCGACACUGAGGCCAGACAUUGCCGAUGCUGACUCCAGGGCAGCCACUGUCAAGCAGCGGCCCACCAGCCGGAGGAUUACCCCUGCCGAGAUCAGCUCAUUGUUUGAGCGCCAGGGCCUCCCAGGCCCAGAGAAGCUGCCGGGCUCUUUGCGGAAGGGGAUUCCACGGACCAAAUCUGUAGGGGAGGACGAGAAGCUGGCAUCCCUACUGGAGGGGCGCUUCCCACGCAGCACAUCAAUGCAGGACACAGUGCGUGAAGGUCGUGGCAUUCCGCCCCCACCCCCGACCGCCCCACCACCCCCACCUGCGCCCUACUACUUCGAUUCCGGGCCACCUCCCACCUUUUCACCGCCGCCACCGCCGGGCCGGGCCUACGACACUGUGCGCUCCAGCUUCAAGCCAGGCCUGGAGGCCAGCCUGGGUGCUGGAGCCGCUGGUCUGUAUGAUUCUGGCGCGCCUCUGGGCCCGCUGCCCUACCCUGAGCGUCAGAAGCGUGCACGCUCCAUGAUCAUCUUGCAGGAUUCAGCGCCAGAAGUGGGCGACGUCCCCCGGCCCGUGCCUGCAGCUACACCGCCAGAGCGCCCCAAGCGCCGGCCUCGGCCGUCUGGCCCUGAUAGCCCCUAUGCCAACCUGGGCGCCUUCAGUGCUAGCCUCUUUGCUCCGUCGAAACCACAGCGCCGCAAGAGCCCACUGGUGAAGCAGCUUCAGGUGGAGGACGCUCAGGAGCGUGCGGCCCUGGCUGUGGGUAGCCCGGGCCCAGUUGGUGGAAGCUUUGCACGAGAUCCCUCCCCAACGCACCGCGGGCCCCGGCCGAGUGGCCUUGACUACGGCUCUGGAGAAGGCAUGGGGCUAACAUUUGGUGGCCCUGGUCCUGGCCCCGGCCCCGGCAAGGAGCGGCGCCUGGAGGAGCGACGCCGUUCCACUGUGUUCCUGUCUGUAGGUGCCAUCGAGGGCAGCCCUCCCAGCGCAGAUCUGCCAUCUCUUCAGCCCUCCCGCUCCAUUGAUGAGCGCCUCCUGGGGACAGGCACCACCACUGGCCGCGAUUUGCUGCUCCCCUCCCCUGUCUCUGCUCUGAAGCCAUUGGUCAGUGGCCCUAGCCUUGGGCCCUCAGGCUCCACCUUCAUCCACCCACUCACUGGCAAACCCUUGGAUCCUAGCUCACCCCUAGCCCUUGCUCUGGCUGCCCGAGAGCGGGCUCUGGCCUCGCAAGCACCUUCCCGGUCCCCCACACCUGUGCACAGCCCCGAUGCUGACCGCCCUGGACCCCUCUUUGUGGAUGUGCAGACCCGAGACUCCGAGCGAGGGCCGUUGGCUUCACCAGCCUUCUCCCCUCGGAGCCCAGCCUGGAUUCCAGUGCCUGCUCGAAGAGAGGCCGAGAAGCCCCCUCGGGAAGAGCGGAAGUCACCAGAGGAUAAGAAAUCCAUGAUCCUCAGCGUCUUGGACACGUCCUUGCAGCGGCCAGCUGGUCUCAUUGUUGUGCACGCCACCAGCAAUGGACAGGAGCCCAACAGGCUGGGGGCUGAAGAGGAGCGCCCCGGUACUCCGGAGCUGGCCCCAGCCCCCAUGCAGGCGACGGUUGUGGCAGAGCCUAUGCCAAGCCCCCGGGCCCAGCCCCCUAGCAGCAUCCCAGCAGAUCCCGGGCCAGGCCAAGGUAGCUCAGAGGAGGAACCAGAACUGGUAUUUGCUGUGAACCUGCCACCUGCUCAGCUGUCCUCCAGUGAUGAAGAAACUAGGGAGGAGCUGGCCCGUAUUGGGCUAGUGCCACCCCCUGAAGAGUUUGCCAAUGGAAUCCUGCUGGCCACCCCACCCCCUGGACCGGGCCCCUUGCCCACCACGGUACCCAGCCCGGCCUCAGGGAAGCCCAGCAGCGAGCUGCCCCCUGCCCCUGAGUCUGCAGCUGACUCUGGAGUAGAGGAGGCUGACACUCGAAGCUCCAGUGACCCCCAUCUGGAGACCACAAGCACCAUUUCCACAGUGUCCAGCAUGUCCACCCUGAGCUCGGAGAGUGGGGAACUCACUGACACCCACACCUCCUUUGCCGAUGGACACACUUUUCUACUCGAGAAGCCACCAGUGCCUCCCAAGCCCAAGCUCAAGUCCCCGCUGGGGAAGGGGCCGGUGACCUUCAGGGACCCGUUGCUGAAGCAAUCCUCGGACAGUGAGCUCAUGGCCCAGCAGCACCAUGCUGCCUCUACUGGGUUGGCUUCUGCUGCUGGGCCUGCCCGCCCUCGCUACCUCUUCCAGAGAAGGUCCAAGCUGUGGGGGGACCCCGUGGAGAGUCGGGGGCUCCCUGGGCCUGAAGAUGACAAACCAACUGUGAUAAGUGAGCUCAGCUCCCGUCUCCAGCAGCUGAACAAAGACACACGCUCCUUGGGGGAGGAACCAGUUGGUGGCCUGGGCAGCCUGCUGGACCCUGCAAAGAAGUCUUCGCCCAUUGCAGCGGCUCGGCUCUUCAGCAGCCUCGGUGAGCUGAGCACCAUCUCAGCGCAGCGCAGCCCCGGGGGCCCGGGCGGAGGGGCCUCCUACUCGGUGCGGCCCAGCGGCCGGUACCCCGUGGCGAGACGAGCCCCGAGCCCAGUGAAGCCCGCAUCGCUGGAGCGGGUGGAGGGGCUGGGGGCGGGCGUGGGAGGCGCGGGGCGGCCCUUCGGCCUCACGCCUCCCACCAUCCUCAAGUCGUCCAGCCUCUCCAUCCCGCACGAACCCAAGGAAGUGCGCUUCGUGGUGCGAAGUGUGAGUGCGCGCAGCCGCUCCCCCUCGCCAUCUCCGCUGCCCUCGCCUUCUCCCGGCUCUGGUCCCAGUGCCGGCCCGCGUAGGCCAUUCCAGCAGAAGCCCCUGCAGCUCUGGAGCAAGUUCGAUGUGGGCGACUGGUUGGAGAGUAUCCACUUAGGCGAGCACCGAGACCGCUUCGAGGACCAUGAGAUCGAAGGCGCACACCUGCCUGCGCUCACCAAGGACGACUUCGUGGAGCUGGGCGUCACGCGCGUUGGCCACCGCAUGAACAUCGAGCGUGCGCUCAGGCAGCUGGAUGGCAGCUGACGCCGCACUCCCUCCCCCGUUCCUGCUGCGCCCUGCCGGCAGGGCUCCCACCCCUACUCCAGGCCGCAGGCUCGGCUCGCCCCCUACCACGGCGCCCCGGGCCAGGAAUGUUGCAUGAUUCGUCCUGUUUGCUGUUGCUUGGAGACU